AACAAUUCAAAAAAUUUUAAUUUUUCCUGUUUUCAUGUCCUGAUUCGCCGAAAAUUCGCAACAAAUGGAAUCCAUGAACAACUAUUCGGACUGCGUUCCCGCAAUUCAUCCAUCGUCGGAGCACACAGUUCUCUUCGAAUGGCCCAUCGUGUUAGAUGAACGAUUUGGCGGGACUCCAACUCCCAAAAGCGGAAAUCCCCAUUGGAAUCAAAAUUUCGUGCGGCUUCCGUGUGCCCGAGAAAGCACAAUUUCCGUAUUUGACGAUGCGGGAUCUGAAACAAUAAAAAAUCGCUGGCAAGUCAUUCGAGAAGCAUUCGCUACAAAAAUUAACAAUUCCAAAGAACUGGAAGCCGCUAUCUUGUCGUACAACGAAAACUUCAAAAAUAAAUGGAAAUUCCGAGCGUUGCACAGUUUAUUCGAGGAUGACUUGAGCGAGGAGGAGUCCGAAGCCUUUUUCGAGCAUUCGUUACCGAAAAUCAUCAAAUUAGCGUUGCAACUGCCGGAAUUAAUCCCGUGGGCGAUUCCGUUACUGAAGCAAGGCAACAACAAAUCCGUGUCUUUGUCACAGCAGCAAGUCGGUUCGUUACUUGCGAACGCUUUUUUGUGUACUUUUCCGCGAAGGAACAGCAAUAGUGAUCAACACGAGUACGCCAACUACCCAAAUAUCAAUUUUUCGCGUCUUUUUCAGUCAAGCGGGCAAGCAGUUUUGGAAAAAAUUAAAUGUAUCUGUCACUAUUUUCGUCGAAUUACGUCUCCAGGUCAAGCUCCGAGCGGAGUUCUCACCAUUUCGCGUCGUUUCGUCAAAGAUUUCCCCAAAUGGAGUACUUUGGAAGUCCCCGUGACACGCGGAGGCUUCAUCGUUGACGACAGCGGCACCAUUGAAGACGCCACGGGCAAGUUACAAGUCGAUUUUGCGAAUAAAUUUCUCGGCGGCGGCGUUUUAGGGCAUGGAUGUGUGCAAGAAGAGAUCCGUUUUGUCAUUUGCCCGGAGCUACUUGUGUCGAUGCUCUUCGUGGAAUGCAUGAAACCCAAUGAAGCGGUUCUUGUGACGGGCGCCGAGCGAUUUAGCAACUACUCGGGCUACGCCUCGACCUUUAAAUGGAGCGGAAAUCACGAAGACACGACGCAAUGGGACACAAGUCGACGGAAACAGUGCACAAUUGUGGCAAUUGACGCGCUGGCAUUUCGCGAUGGACGACAUCAGUACAAGGAGGAACUCAUGCUGCGCGAGCUGAACAAAGCUUUUGUGGGAUUUUAUCACGAAUUGAGUUCGCCGCCGCCUGCAGUCGCUUCGGGAAAUUGGGGAUGCGGCGCUUUCGGAGGAGAACCUUUGCUCAAAAGUUUGUUGCAAUUAAUUGUUUGCGCGCAAAUUAAUCGUCCCUUGCAUUAUUUCACGUUUCACGACGAAGAAUUGAAACAAAAUCUCGAACAAAUUUUCGAUUUUCUCCGCACCAACAACGUACUUGUGAAGGAUUUGUGGCGAAGUUUAAAGGAAUUUUCCGUGAAAAAGCUCGAAAUUGAGGAACUUUACCCGUUUAUCCAACAAUCAGUUUUCGAUAACAGCAAAACAAAAGAGUCGCCGAUGAAAAAUGUGUUUCAUCCAAAAAAUCGAUGGAGGCAGGAACUUCAAACAGUAACGACUCGUCACCCAAAAAAGACGGUUCACCGUUUUCGAUAA